AGAAAGCUCUGUCACUAAAGACCUGAUUACUAGAACCGAGGCGUAUAUCGUUUCUUUGACAAAAGGCUGGGUUGAGUAAUAUGUGUGGGGUAUGGUAUCCUAGUGUCUGGAUACAUUUGCGAUGCAGGAGAAAAACAACGUAAAAGGUGUUUUUUAAACAAUUUAGCCUUGCUCUGUGAACAGGGUGUGUAAUUCAUGUGCGUAAAAUGUCGUAACAGAUUAGCCUAUGCAGUCCGCACAACCAAGGACGACACUUUCAGCCUUAACUGGAGUUUCGAUAUGAAGAAACUUUCUUUAAAGUAAACAAAAACAUAACAGCGGAAAGUUUCGUCUCUUAUUAGCCUCCGCUGACUGCUUAGGCUAAAUAAAUAUGGGACGACAAUUUACGCACACGCAUUAAACUCCCUUUCUCAAAGCAGAAUAUCAUUUUUCAGAACAUCUAGAGUUGAAGAAGUACCGUUACAUCAACACUUUGUUGACACAAGCUACGUGGAAAAAAUUUUAAACAUCAUAGAGUGUUGAACUAGUUGGAUGGAAUAAUUUUGAAUUAUGCAAGUAGGCAAUAAUUACAUUGGAGACGCCGUCCCAAUAUUUUUUAGUGUUAAGACACUUAACCGAUAGCACAUAUUAACUCUGCCCAUUUUCAUAAUAAGUUUGUACCAGACAGAGUUGAGUUUUAAUCGUUUAAACCUGACACUAUUUAUUACAAUUCAUUCAAUUGAAUGCCUGCGCCUUCAAAUACCGAAGAUAUCAAUAGAAAUCAUCAGACCAUUCAGGUUUAUUUCAACAGAUUGUGUAUUGGUAUAUUUUGAAUUGAAGCAUUGGGUAUUAUACUUGAAGUAUCGGUUUAAAUGAUUUGUUAAUAACGUGGAGACGCGUGAAUAACUGCUAUUUAUUCAGGCAUUUAUUUGUGUGUUGUAUUAUUGAAUCAACUCUCAAGUUUAGGAAGCUAUCUGUAGAAGUUUAAACACAGUGUUCGCAGGGAAACUAGUGGUAAGAUUUACGCAGUUUAUUGAAUAUUAGUAAUGUUUUCUAUUAAUAUAACUUUCAUUCGUAGAAAUAAAUGAAACGCUCGCCUUAAACAACAAAUAUGUAUUUCAUAUCGAAACUAUAAUUAUAAUGUAACAAAGCAUGGGUUAUUUUGCUUUUGUCUUACUAAUUGACGUUGAGACAAAUACGUUUUUAUUCUCCGCCAUUGCUGUUUUUUUAUCACUGAAAAAUAAAUAUACUACACGGAUUUUGUUAAACGAUAACUUACAGAAGAUAGUUUAAGCGUUACACGUUGGUGAUUGCCGUAAUAACCAAAGGCUCGUAUUUCUCAUUUCUCAAAACAAACACGCUAAAGUGCCAGUUGUUCCUAAAAAAACUAAAUAUAUAUAAUAUUUCCAUUUUAAAGAAUAGUUAUAAAUACACAAGCGAAACUCUUGAAUACUAAAUCAGUGUGUGGUUAUUUAUUCUGAAAAAUAAGGCAUAAGUACAUACUGAUUUUAAACAGUCUGAAUUUAAUACAUAUUCAAAAUAAUAAUCCGUAAAAACAAGAGAGGCAAGUCACUUUUAUCAAGUUGACCAGUUAUUGACAAGCGUAUACCUUUAUAAACAUUGAUAUUAACUUGCAAUUAUUUUUCGAAUUGUAUACAAUAUUUUCUAGUAUAUUCUUUGGGCUUAUCACGGUACAUGUUUGUUUAUUAGGAAGGCCUUAUUUGUGUCAGAAGAUCGUCGAAAAGCAAGGGGUAUCAGAAACUUCAAUCAAUCAUUAAGGACGACAUCUAAAAACUCUUGAUUAAACUAGCUACGUGGCGGUCCACAUGCCAUAUCAACACAAGUCGCGUGCGUUACUGCAGUUUUCAAACAUUCCGCGCCGAAGAACAACCUUACUGAUCGGUCAAGGGCACGCACUGUAUGGAUGGCUGACAGUGGCACAAGACAUGAUGAACCGGAAAGAUUCCGAAGACAUGGCAGUGUGUCCAGCAAACAAGACCUGAUUCAGUGGGAAAAUGCCUCCGUUGAGACAUGCACUAUACUGAGCUGGCUCGGUUACGGACAGGAGAUCAUACAGGCUCGAAGAGACGCAUAUCGGGAGAAUGGCAAGCUGUGGACUGCAUGGGCAUGUGGAGAGGCAACGAUAAUUAUUACGGGUAGCAAAGGUGAGGGGCUGAGCAGCUUCUUGGAAAGUGAUUUGGAUCAAAUGGUUGUAGAUAAUAGAGUAUUCUGUUUAGAAGAUGAUGUUAAUAUAAGUGCCUUUCCUGGGGAGAUAACCGUGUUGAGAUCAUUCAGCCGCAUGAGUUACCAUGGUCACUGUAGACUGCUACUGGAGAGACGCGGUACAACAAUUUUCAGGCACGUACGUGAUGCGUUUUGUGAUGACGGAUAUGGUCGCGAAUUUUUGAGCAGUGACUUGUAUGUUAAUAACUGGUCGAAAGAAGACUCGCCUGAGGGCAUGGUGCAGCAUGAGCGUGCGGGACCGUCAAUUCCUAGUACAGUGCUGGGACUCUUGCACAGCGACAAAGUACAUGCAUUUCAUUACUACUGCCCCAACAUUCUGUCAAAAUGGGCCGCAAGACCUCGCCACUGGCCGCCACCGGAAGUCGUUCAGCAGGUCGUAUCACUUGGGGCAGUUCUUACGCCUGUUGGAUUUAAAGGCAGUGAACAUCAGCAUGUUGAAUGGCGAGUGUGUUUUAACGCCGGUGAGAUCGAACUAAUUAGCAAUCUUAAUGACACUCAAACUAAAUUGUAUGUUUUAUUGAAAAUGAUAAAGAACGAUGUAUUACAUGCACGUAAGAAAGAAGUUUCAUCGUACACAAUGAAAAACAUCGUUUUAUGGAUGGCGGAAAAUAAUCCUCAAGCCUCGUUUCAUACAAAAAGUAUUUUGCAGUGGUUGCAUGAAGCAUUGGAUGCGCUAAGAGUUGCAUUGAUCACCUUAGAGCUACCAUACUAUAUGAUUCCAGAAAGGAAUUUGAUGGCAACCUCUGGACUGGAUGAGGAACAGCAACGCACAUGGAUAUCAACGAUUACAGAUAUGCUCCAUGAAGGUCCUAGGGUGAUACUCAGACUUCCAAAGAUACGACAAUGCAUCGUAGCUCACCCUGAACCAUUCCGAUGGUACAGCGGGAGGAGAAUUGAGCUGGAGUUGUUGUGGCUCAUGCGCAUGAACAUAGUGUCAAUCUGCAGGGAUGAGAACUGGAAGAUUGACGAUACCGAUGCGAUUGUUCAGGCAUUAGACAGACGAAUAAACGAGGUUGUAACAGAUGUUUGCGUGAGGAUGAGAAUGGAAGGGAGUCGAGUUAUCAACGCACCGGCUAUUUUUUAUAGAAUUCUGAUGGAAAACGUUAACGAUGAUCAAUAGAUCACUAACAAGGCGCGGACAACACGUAAUUAUAACUUUUGAGUACAUAUUAUCUUUAACGAAUCACCGAUCAUUGUUGCCAAGAACGUGGAAAUUAUACAACUUAUCGUAAUAGUGAUUUGUUCAGUAAUUGAAGUUUGACUUGCAGACGUUCGUUUCACUUUUUAAAAAUGUGCACAAUUUUACAAAAGAUUUGUUUACAGUAGGCUGUAAACUUUACCGAAACAAUAAAUUUCGAUACAUUUUAUUAAAAAAUGUCAAUCGCAUAGAUAACAGUAGUUUGCAAAAUAAAGUUAUGUAAUGUAAUUUUUCUACAUUGUAUAUAUCUUAACAAAAUAUGUACGUAUCGCGCUUGGAAACCAGCGGUAUAAUUUCAAGUUAUGCAUAUAUUACUUUUUAUGUCCCCCACUAUAGUAGUGUGGGACAUUGUUUUUGCCCUGUCUGUUGGUUGGUCUGUUGGUCUGUUGGUUGGUUGGUUUGCGCCAACUUUAACAUUUUGCAAUAACUUUUGCUAUAUUGAAUAUAGCAACUUGAUAUUUGGCAUGCAUGUGUAUCUCAUGGAGCUGCACAUUUUGAGGAGUGGUAAAAGGUCAAGGUCAAGGUCAAUCUUUAAGGUCAGAGGUCAAAUAUAUGUGGCCAAAAUCGCUCAUUUUAUGAAUACUUUUGCAAUAUUGAAGAUAGCAACUUGAUAUUUGGCAUGCAUGUGUAUCUCAUGGAGCUGCACAUUUUGAGUGGUGAAAGGUCAAGGUCAAGGUCAUCUUUCUAGGUCAAAUAUAUGGGUCAAAAUUGCUCAUGUAAUGUAACUUCUGCAAUAUUGAACCUAGCAAUUUUAUAUUUGACAUGCAUGUGUAUCUCAUGGAGCUGCACAUAUUGAGUGGUGAAGGGUCAAGGUCAUCCUUCAAGGUCAAACGUCAUAUAGGGGGACAUUGUGUUUCACAAACACAUCUUGUUAGAACUAAUAGUAGUAACUCAUUUUGUCGACAUAUGUAGAAAUGUGACUGGUGUUUAUUUGCGUAUGCAUGUUAGGAAAUAAAGUGUGUUUGUGUCAUUUGUAUCUCAUCUUCUUAUCUAAAUGUUCAUAGGUUUAUGGUUGGUAUUGUUAACGCAUUUGCACUGAAUGAAUAUAUGUGUUACUGGAAGUUACUGAAAGUCCACUGGUAUUGUUGUUAUUGCUGUAAAUGUAUUGAUAAUAUUCUUGUUUUUCUUGUUGAGUAGAAACAUUGUUGUGAUUUGUAAUAUUGAUCAAAAAGUAUUGAACACAUUGUUGCACUUAUCGAUAAAAAUGGUGCAUAUCUGUGUUCAUUCCUAUUUUUAAAAUGUCUUCAAUAACGCUAUUGUUGCAUUCACAAAUAAGAAAUAAAGUGCAGUUGUUUUAUGCGAAUUGAUUAAACUAUUUUUCAUGUAAAUGUAUAAUUGCUCAUGUUUUUUACUGGACAAGUGAAUGUAAACUUUUAUUGAACACGGAUAAUCUGUUUUCAUCAAAACACAUAGCUUGUAUUGAAUCUAAAGAUACAAAGAUAAAUGUUAUAGUAUUGAUGUUUUUAUGCGGAAAUAUUUUCAUACAUGAUAAACGUAAUGGUUGAUUUUCGUUUCUCUAGUUAUACCGUUAAUCUCGUUUUGCUCUAAGCGUGUGUAUGCUUUUGUUAGUUUUCUUUUUGUUCGUUUUUUUAGCGAGGCUGUUCUGGAGAAAACCCGAGCUAUUGUCAUAGCCAGCUCGUCGUCCGCCGUCCGCCGUAGGCGUCGUGAUAAAACCUUAACAUUGGCCAUAGCUUUUUAAAUAUUGAAGAUAGCACCUUGAUAUUUUGCAUGCAUGUGUUUUUCAUGGAGCUGCACAUUUUGAGUGGUAAAAUUUAAAGGUGAACAUCAUCCUUCAAGGAAUAGGGUCGAAAAAACAAAGUCAAGGGAAGUAAUUAGCUUGAAAUGGACAUAGUUAUCUGACCUGCCCACGUAAAUAUUUUUGUUAAAUUAAUCAAAGCGGCGCAGUAGGCAGCAUUGUAUCUCUGACAAACAAAUUGUGGUAAAGGUCAAGGUCAAGGUCAUCCUUUACGGUCUAUGGUAACAAAUACAGAUUUAAAGGAAGUAAUAAGCUUAAAAAAGGUAGAAAAUUAUUCAAUAUUGAACAUAGCCACUUUAUAUAUUUGGCAUGCAUGUGUAUCUCAUGAGCUGCACAGUUUGAGUGGUGAAUCUACAGUCACGGUAGUGGCUUUUAAUUAUUUGCUACUUAAAAUAGAGAUUUGUUAUAGACAAUUAUUUUCAAGGGAAGUAAUUUAUAAAAUUAUAAAUCUCAUAUUAUAUAUUUCCUUACCAAUAAUUAAAGUUCUUUUAACAGUUACUGUACACAUUUAUUAUUUUGAUUCUUUAUAACCCAAAUGAUUGAUUUGUCAAAGUUUUUUUAAUGAUAUAAUUAUAAUUACUUUGAUGUUCAUUACAUACCUGUGGACUGAUGUCCAUAGAUUCAUGAUCAACUCUGGCUAUGAUACUUUUGCCUCAAUAUAAGAGCAUUUGAGUUUUUAAACGGCCGUGGACCAUCCAUCUACAGCUACACGGUGCUGAAGGACACUGUCCUUGGCUUGGUUAUAGGUCCACGGGCGUAGAUGUUAGUAGUUUUUUGUAUUGUUCAGUAUCGGUUGGAUCGUGAGGGGCACUGUGGGAGAAAAAGGCCAUGUUCUACCAUGGCAUUUGAAAUGGCAUUUAAUAAACACUGAUAUGUUCUGGUCACACUCAUAUGAUUGUUAAGCAUAAGCACAUUUUUGAAUUACAGUUCAUUAGAGGUAUCCAGUUAACAUCACUCUUACGCCAUUGGCUACACGUAUGUUAUGGCCAUUAAACUGUUGAAUGUAUACUAACUACCCAUUUUGUGUUGUAAUCAUAUGAAUGGAAUGGAAUUUUCUGCAUUGAAUGUAUGAGCAAUGGAGGACACAUCAUGUAAAAAUGCAUGAUGCCUGAAUACAUUCCGAGGGUGUAACUUUGUAUGUUUAUUAGCAAUACAAUUAAACUCAGUUGCAAAACCACGA